AUGGCAGGGGACCUCUCUGUCGCUGAUGUCGAUAAGUUGAAGGUGGACCAGCUGAAAGCCGAGUUGAAGGCUCGCAACCUCCCGACUUCAGGCGUCAAGGCUGUUUUAAGUGAUCGUCUGAAGACUCACCUGCAGAGCCAGCAGACGAGCGCUCCGGCGGCGUCUGAAACCAGCCAACCAGAGCAGUCUCCUGCCAAGGAAGCUACUCCAGCCGAGAAGGCUCCUGCUCCAGCAGCGCAGGCACCAGAACCUGCAGUGUCCAAGGAACAGCAGCCUGCUGCUACUCCGGCUGAGACGUCAAAACCUGAAGCGGCGAAGUCCCCAGCCAAGAGCAAGACGGCCGCACCACAAGAGUCCCCCAAGAAACAACAAGAACCCACCCCUAGCCCUGCGUCUGCUCCCGAGAAACCUGCUAGCACUCCUCAGAAAAGCCCGGCAGGCACCAAAGUUCCACAAGCAGCUCAGAGCAAGGAGGUACCUGCAGUGGCCAGCAGCGAGCCAGCAAAACCAAAGGAAACAAAAGAAUCACAUGAUGGUGGAAAAGAACAGGGUCAGUUAGAAGCUGCUGGUGCCGAAACCAAUGAUGCCAAAGAUGUCGAUGAAGACGAAGAAAUGGAAGAAGAAGAUGAUGAUGAGCAGGAGGAAGCUGAGGAGGAACAGGCUGAGCAGACCUCGGGAACAAAGAGGAAGGCAGAUUCUGGAGCUUGUGAUAAAAAGAAGAAGAAGAAAGUCAGGGAUGAUAGCAACGCCAUUCCGACGAAGCGAAAGCUGGAAAGUGAUAAGUUGAUGGCAAUUGCUGAGGAGCAUUGGAAAGGGUCUAAGACGAAGCCUUGGGAUCCAGCACUCGUGACUAAGUUGUACAAAGAAGAACUUCUGCCAUCGAACUUUGCGUUGAACAAAGUGAUGAUCUUGGAAUACAGCCAAUACCUCGAGAAGUACCUAUGGCCCAACUAUGACCCAUCGAAAGCUACAGACGCUCACAUUCUCUCUUUGGUUUGCAUGGUGAACGAGAAGUUUCGCGAACAGGUCAUGUCUUGGGAGCCGUUUCAGGAGCGUGAGCAGGUUUUCUCAGAAUUUUUCAAGAGCGUGACCAUUCUGCAUGGCAAGAAGGAGCUUUCGCAUAGAGAAAGGAGCCUCAUCGUAGUAUUUCUGAUUCACAGCUUCCAGAGCUUGGAGAACACAAUGGUCAGGAACUCAUGCUUGCUUCAAGUUUCAUUGCCUCUUUGGCUACAUUUGAGCAAGUCAAGGUUGGAGCUAGAACUUAGAAAAGCUCCUCACCUUGAGAAGAAAUGGAGGACAUUACAAAAGAAAGUGCAGAAAGAAGGCUUGGAAAAGUUGAAAGAUCACUUCCUUCCAAAGUUACUCGAGGUCUUCUUUCAACAACUGUCCACAAUCCCGGCAGAUGGCAAGUUUGAAUUCGAACUGAGGCGAUACUUGGAAAGGGUGUUGGAAUUCUUGAUUGAUCUGAUUGCUCAACUGCCAACCCGCCGAUUCUUCUUGGCGCUGCUCUCUGAUCACCAUUUCGUCAUUCGAUGUCGCCUUGCAAACCUCGCUAAGCGCCCAGAUGGCCGACUCUUCAAUCAACUUCUUGAUCUUUUGAGCUUCUAUUUGGACUUUGAAAUCAAUGAGCACACUGGUAUGCCCUUGAGCCGUGAUGAGAUGCUUGCGAGGCAUUAUGGUCGUAUCCAACUCGUGCAAAGGCAUGCCUACUCCUUGUUCCCUGACAUUAUGAAGGAAUUUGCACUUGCUAACAUUGGAGCCGUUGAAAACAAGGACAGUCUAAGGGUGUAUUUGUCGAGGCUGAACAAGACUCAGCUAUCACAGCUGUUGCGCAAGAUCAGAUUGAUACCGUUCGAAGAUGAAUCGGCCGGGCUGACUUGGUUGGAUCACAGAACUAUGUUGGAGAUUGCUGUUGCAUACCAUGAGCGUCGGAUUUCGCAGCUGGAUGCUAUCAAUGCACUUCCCCUUUAUCCAACUGAAAACCUGUUGUGGGAUGAGCACGUAGUGCCGUCUAUCAACUUCACUGGAGAGCAGGUCCUUGCGUUACCCAAGCUGAACCUGCAGUACUUGACGUUUCAUGACUACCUGCUUCGCAACUUCAACCUCUUCCGUCUUGAAAGCACCUACGAGAUACGCCAGGAUGUGGAAGACGUUGCUUUGCGUCUGAGGCCAAGGAUAGAUGACGGGAGAACGGUGUUCCAGGGAUGGUCUCGGUCGUCCCUUCCUCUCACUUCCUUCUCAGUCAUAGAGGUCUCCAAGCCCAACCUCGGUGAAACGAAGCCUGCGCGGGUCGUGGGCGAAGCGACCUAUUCGCUGCAAGGAAUGCGUGACCACACGCUCAGACGAGAGUGGGAGACUUUCAGAGAGCACGACGUGCUGUUUCUGCUCACGAUCAAGGCCAGGUAUAAGGCAGGCGAGCAUCCUCCUCAUACGGAAGGGAAGUGCAAGGAAGACUUCUGUAUCGAGUACAUCAGGGGGUGCGAGGUGGUCGGCAUGCUGGACUCUGAUGGGAAAAUCUUCAACAACCUCGACCCGCAGUCGAGAGGCUUGCCUCAGGGACAAGAGAGGAAGGUGCGAGUGAGACUGAACUCGGCUCAGUACGCGAUCGAUGCUGCUUACAAGGCACAACACGGGGGAGAUCCUGUGUACGAGACGUUCAAUGUGAUCAUGAAGCGCAAGGCGCAGGAGAACAACUUCAAGGCGAUCUUGGAGUGUAUCAGAGAUCUCAUGAAUACCAACAUCGUGGUUCCCGAGUGGCUUCACGAUGUUCUGCUCGGCUAUGGAGAUCCGCAAGAGUCUCAUUACACGGCCUUGAGCCCAUUGCAGACUGUGGACUUCAACGACACGUUCCUGGACGAGAAGCAUGUGACGGAGAGCUUUCCUGGGAAGAAAAUCGAGUUCAAGCCUAACGCCAAGGGGUUGGUAGCUCCUCCUUUCCGCGUUCAGUUUCCAGCCAGCAGCGAGGGCGAUGCUGCCAUGGUCUGCCAGUCUUACCUUCCUCCCGAGCCAGGUCCUUACCCUGAGCUGAAGAGAAAGACCAACUCCAUCCGCUUCACUCCCGCUCAGGUGGAUGCAAUUCUUGCUGGGACCAACGAAGGCUUCGCACAGGUCGUCGGCCCCCCGGGUACCGGCAAGACAGACACCGCCGUACAGAUCAUCUCCAACAUCUACCACAACUUCCCUCACCAGAGGAUCUUGCUGGUGACUCACUCGAACCAGGCGCUCAACGACAUCUUCGAGAAGAUCGCUGCUCUCGACAUCGACGAGCGACAUCUCCUGCGCCUGGGUCACGAGGCCGAGACGCUCGAGACUGAGGAAGACUUCUCCAAGUGGGGACGCGUCCAGUACAUGCUGGGGAAGCGGCUGGAGCUGCUGGAGGAGGUGGGGCGGCUGGCUCGGAGCAUAGGGAUCACAGCAGACGUGGAGUACUCGUGCGAGACGGCACAGCACUUCUUCCUGUUCAACAUCGUUGCAAGGUGGGAGGAGUUUGAGGAUCGCGUCAAGGACUGCAACGACGCGACGAAGAUCAUCGAACAGUUUCCUUUCCACGAGUUUUUCAACGACGCGCCGGAGUCAGUCUUCAACUCGAGCAUGGAUAGCAAGGAUGCGAUGAGGGCGGCUCAAGGUUGCUUCCAACACCUCAAGUACAUGUUCACUUUCUUGGAGGAAUGCCGAGCGUUUGAGAUCCUCCGAACUUACCAGGAGCGAGCCAAGUACCUUGUGACCACACAGGCCAAGAUCAUCGCCAUGACAUGCACGCACGCGGCGCUGAAACGGCACGACUUUAUCGAGUCGGGCUUCGAGUUCGACUCGCUGGUGAUGGAGGAGUCUGCACAGAUCCUGGAGAUCGAAACGUUCAUCCCCAUGCUGCUGCAGGAGCCGAGAAGGGGCAACAAGUGCCGGCUCAAGCGCGUCGUGCUCAUCGGCGACCACAACCAGCUUCCUCCGGUGAUCAAGAACAUUGCCUUCCAGAAGUACUCGAGGAUGGACCAAAGCUUGUUUUCUCGCUUCGUCCGCCUGGGGAUCCCCUACAUCGAGCUCAAUGCUCAGGGCCGAGCCAGGCCAGAGAUAGCCAAGCUGUACAACUGGCGAUAUCGGUCGCUCGGGGACAUGGAGCACGUGACAGGGCGGGAGAUGUUCCGGCUGGCCAACGCUGGUUUUGCUCAUCAGUUCCAGCUGGUGAACGUGGAGGAUCUUGGGGGAGUGGGAGAGAGCGAGCCGACUGCCUUCUUCUAUCAGAACCUCGCCGAAGCCGAGUACAUCAUCGCUGUCUACAUGUACAUGCGCAUCAUCGGCUACCCGGCCGACAAGAUCACCAUCCUGUCGACGUACAACGGGCAAGUUGCCCUCCUGCAGGACGUGGCUCGCUUCCGCUGCUCGUCCAUCCCUGGGGUGGGGAUGCCGCCAAAGAUUUCGACGGUGGACAAGUACCAGGGGCAGCAGAACGACUACAUCCUGCUGUCUCUGGUGCGCACCAAGACUGUCGGACACUUGCGAGACGUGAGGAGGCUGAUUGUGGCUCUGUCGCGAGCUCGUCUGGGUCUGUACGUGUUCUGUCGGCAAGCUCUCUUCAGCAACUGCAUCGAGCUGGCCCCUGCCUUCAACCUACUCAACCUCAAGUCCUCCAGACUUGAGCUCGCGCUGGGAGAGAACUACCCGAGUAAGCGAGAGGCAGCGGGGGGAUGCAAGGAGAAGUUUGAAGUUCACAACCUCGAGCACAUGCAGGCAGUCGUGAUGCAGAGACUCGAGGAGGAGCGAAGGAAGAACCCCGACUUCGGCUCGGCUGCUCGACAACCUGCCGAGGAUGUACAUAUGAACGAGUCGGACCAGUAG